AUGGUUACCGCAAAGGUAUAUGGCUUGUGGAAGAAGUCGCAGACUGUAACUUCAGAACUUGCUCAGGACCCUUCACAAACACCGGAGGCGGUAUUUAAACGAUUAUACGAGCAUCAUGAGAUUCCACAUCCGCAUUUAAUAGAGCAUGGAGGGCAUGGGCUGUCGGCGGAGGAAAUUGCAGAAUUCGAAAAGAAAGACGCAGUCCAGAAGGCUUUGGCGUGUGGAAAUUGGGGAUCGUCAGAGCCUAGUGAAUUAUUCCUCCAGGUUCAUCACGAUGUGUUAGGAUCCUUAGACAAGGAUCCCGGUACAGGGGUAGUCUCACCCCCGCUCAUAGCUAGCCGAGGCGUCAUUCCCUUGACAAUUGUCGCUCCCUUGCCAGAUUUAUGCCGCCAUCUUGGAAAUUGCAUUGCACGCGCGGAACAUGAAGUAUUUCUGGGAACAAACUUCUGGAUUCACUCAGAGGCAGCUACCUUGGUUACAAAUGGUAUUCGAGAACUGUCUAGAAGAGCUGGGGAACGAGGUAAGAAGAUCGUCAUGAAAAUGGUUUUCGAUAAUCAUCUUGAAGUCGAUGACCAGCAAAGAACGAGCGACAAAGUUCGACUUCCUCCACCAAAUGAAAUCCCCAAUGUGGAUCUCAAGGUCAUCAACUUCCACCGACCGGUCUUCGGAACAUUCCAUUCGAAAUUCACUGUUAUCGACCGGAGCAUUGCGCUUUUGCAGAGCAGCAACAUUCAAGAUAAUGAUAAUCUCGAGAUGCUGUCUCAUAUAGAAGGCCCGAUUGUUGAUUCCUUUUACGAUGCCGCUCUAUUAUCCUGGGGCAAGCCGCUUGAUCCUCCUCUGCCACUUUUGAAUUCUCCAGCUGAGGCUGCAGCUAUCCCAGCUCACCACGGAGAGCAGAAAACCGACUCAACUUCGGAGGUGCUCCCUGAAGAUUUACCAGAGCACACUUCAGAUUCCCCGCAGUGGGAUAUUGAUUUAGAAAGCGAGGCAAAGAGAGUUAACUACUCUGUCCAGCCUCGAGGCGAUGAGACACCAACUCAAGCAGUGACCCGUCAUUUGAAUACGACUAUCCAGCCAGAUACAACCGGAAACGCUCCCGAUUCUGACCAGGAACUCAAAAUGACGCCUUACAUUCUGCACCCACCUCAUGAGCCAUUCCCCAUGGCCUUGGUUAACCGAGAGCCGUAUGGAUCACCAAACCAUAACAGCACUCACAACCCUCAAGAUGCAGCUUUUGUCUCAGCCAUCAAUCAUGCCAAACACUCCAUCUUCAUCCAGACUCCCAAUAUGAACGCCGAACCUCUGUUUGAGCCUCUUCUAGGCGCAAUCCGGCGUGGCGUAGUCGUCAAGCCUUUCUUAUGUCUCGGUUACAACGACGCAGGAGAACUUCUCCCAUUCCAGAACGGAACGAACGAAAUGUUCUCUAAUAGACUGUACGGUGCCCUGCAGACAACCGAGGAGAAAGCUAGACUUCAAGUGCAUUACUAUGUUGGCAAAGAUCAGAUCCAACCUAUUCAUAAUUCGUUCAAGAAGAGAAGUUGUCAUGUUAAGUUGAUGAUUAUUGAUGAACAUGUUGCUAUUCAAGGAAAUGGAAACCUGGACACACAGUCUUUCUUCCACAGCCAAGAGAUCAACGUUAUGAUCGACUCGUCACUGAUUUGUAAAGCGUGGCUAGAGGCUAUCAAUCGCAAUCAGAACACCGCUAAAUACGGGGCUGCUAGUUCCGAAGAUGCAUGUUGGCAUGAUCCGUCUAGUGGAGAGAUUCCACCCGGGUCUAUUGGUACUGACCCGGGUCACUUCAGUUGGGCAAAGGGUAUCAUUGGUGCCGUAAAACGAGUGAGGGGCGUUGGUGGAUUCUAA